AUGAAUCACCCGGGUUCUACUAUAGGUGAUGACGUGAGUGUUAACUCUUUUGGAUCCUCUUUUAUAGACUCGAGCCCGCGCAUUGGACUUGACCCCAGAGCGAGGUCGACGUCGGACUUAUUCGAGGUCCCGGCCAGUCGAAUCAAACCAAAACCCUACAAACGCUCUUCAGCACCACAUGCUACAUACCUCGCACCAGCCUCUCAGCACUCUCGACAGAAUCUGUCGUUGAUUCCUGAGCAAGUACAAAUGCCACCUAACCUCCCGAACAUGUUGACGCCAUAUCAGAAACAAAGAAGACGCAUGAAAAGCAGCUUUCAAUUCCCCAAUGGCGAAAACUUCACGCCAAAGCAAAAACCGCUGAAAGCUUUCCCCAGUGACGGCAAUAGCUAUGAUAACAAUGUGGUGUCCGCUCAUACUCGUGGGUUACCUAAGUCCGCAAGCUGCAGUAACUUUCAUACCGGUCAUGAUAGGACAAGUCUUUUGCGGACAUCAGGGGCGUCAAGGCAUUCUAUUCGCAGUGGCAGUCUCACUGCUGCCAGCGUUCCCAGCUCGCCCACACCCAUUCCAAGUCGUUUUCACAAGUCCGCGAGCACUUCCAAAUUGCCCCUGGAGGGUAGGUACAGGAGAAGUCUUUCGCCGCUUCCUUUUAACCCGAGCAGCAAACCCUCAGGAGCCACAAACUCGAAGGCAUUUUCACCGCAUCCCAUCCGUGACAUCAACAACAACUCAUCAAGAACGCAGGCCGUUUCCAGUAAUAAUUCAACUAAUAGUAGCAACAGUCUAAAAAGUGAAAAUGUUGUGAGCAGUAAUACCAGUACUGAUGCAAGCGAAACUCAUCUAAAGCCAAUGGCCGCUGCAAAGCAUAUUGUGCCAAGUGCUGUGCAUGCUUAUACUCCCAAAACCUCAUCAAACUUGCAAGCACAUUCAGCGCCAAGCAAAUACUCUGAAUCUAAAACCUCUUCUAUGUCUGACAAGGCGCGGAUACCGCUAAAGCCAGUUCAGAAUACAAAAGUUGCACAGGCAAGCACACCACCUCCUGCUAAGGGGAUCAAAAGAUCUUAUUCAUCUCGGAUAGGAUCAUUUUUUAGAAAGCUGUUACCAUCUAAAAAAAACAAAAACGCCAUUGUAAAAAGCGAAUCUCCUCGCUCAAUAUCCACUAAAGCGGUGUAUAACAAGACUGAGGCCAUUCCCAUUGAAACACCAAAAAUUUCGGUUUCGCGUCCAAGUCAUUCGUCUUCGCAAGACCAGAUCACUGUCUCGGAGAGAACUGGAAAUAAUUGUUCUGACCCAGACGACAUCAAUGAUGGCGAUAAUGAAGUGGAUGAUUUUGAUGAUGACGACGAUCAACUUUUGGAUAUAGAUUUGGUUUUCGACAGUUUAUUACUCAAAACUGAUCAUCCGGUCACCAUUCCAUCAACUCCACUCAAGAUAUCAUCUCACAAGCCCAACCCCGAUAAUCAGGCUCUGACGCCGGUGAAUAGAGAUAAAACCAAAGCCGAGGAGAGCAACAUCGAUUAUGGGCUCAUAGAAGAGUUUUCGCGGCUGGGAAGCUUUAUUACGGAUGAAUCACAGCCCCAGAAGCUGUCGAUGGUUCUGCCUCCAGCCCGAUCUCUCAAGCGGCCACUUUUAGCCAACAAAGAAUCAAUGGUGGGAUUCUACCGCCAACAUGUAUCUCAAAACAAGAUCGCAGACCCUGAUGCUAGACUAGACGUCAACCUUAAGCGAGACUGGAAAAACAUUUAUUACGACACAGUAAUUACUAUAGUUGAUGUCGAUCAGGAACCGAUCAGUGGCGUCCAGACGAAGAAACUCAGAUUCGGGCACGCCGUGUACGUCAAAGACACGUAUGCGGCCGGCGACUACGAGAGAAGUGACAAGAGGUUCAUUCGUGCUCGUCGCCGAAUGAUGCAGACCCACGACACAGCCUUUAUAGACGCGGUCAAACAUCAGCUCAAUGAAUUCAAAAAAGAAGAGAUGAAGGUUCAUGGCGAAAGUCUGAAAAACACACACUACUUCCUCUAG